UCCAGCGUGUUGGGCUGUGUCCUUGGCACAACCUGAGUCCUUCCCAGGGGGCUGAAGCGAUUCUUAGAGGUGCUCUAGAGAGUCUUCAGCCGAAAGGAACAUCUUCCGUGCUGGGGCUGAUGUUCUGUGAGGUGCCAUCCUCGUGCUGGGGGGGGAUACAGCCAGAAAUCCCUCUGCUCCCUCAGCCCAGGGCUGGCUCGUGUAUUCUGGUGAGAUGGCAACUCCUGAAACCACAUCUUCUGACAGAAUUCCUCUGUGUGGUCCCUCAGGCUGUCAGCUACAACUUGAGCAGGGCAGGACAGUGGGGAGCAGCGCCCUGGAGGCCGUUCCCCCACGGCCACUACGGCCCCCUGAAUGUCACCAUGAACGGCACCCCCUGCAUCCUGUUCUGGGCCAAGAGGAUCAUCAUCAGGCUGGAGAACCAGACCCAGCUGGAUUUGACAGAGAGGACCUUCGGUGUCCAUGCCAGCGUGGACGUUGGGGACUCAAACUGCAGCGAGGACAGCGCCAUGCUUUCCCUGAAGUUUGGUGAUAUUGGCAAUCUAAAGGGACUUGUUAUCAGGCUCCUGUUAACCACCAGCUCCUACCAGCUGUCUGUGCAGAGCUGGUUCAGCUUGCACAGGCUGCAGCUGCUGUACAACCACUCGCUGCAGGCCACCUUCAACGCCACGGGGAUCCGCGCGCCGGCCGCCUACUCCUUCCACUGCGAGCACGUCAGCAGCCUGCACAGAUACGACGCUCUGCUCGUCCCCAGCUCUGCAGACGACCUCUCUCACCUCUGGGAGGUCACCUUCAUCGACUUCCAGAUUCAGGGUUUUAACGUUCAAGAAGGACAUUUUGCCUACGCCAGAGACUGUGCAUCCUUCCUCUCCCCAGCCAUCCUGAUGGGGUUGGUGAUGUCCCUGGUUCUGCUGCUGGUCCUGGCCUAUGCUCUGCACAUGCUCAUCCACCUGAAAUCUCUCGACAGGCACUAUGAAAGCAAAGCUUCUCCUGCCUAUUUUGCACAGAUGAAAGACAGUGACAUGGGGGAUGAGAAGGAGCCACUGAGAAACAGUGGAAAUGAGUCCUACGAACUCAGGAGCCAACAGUUUGGUAAAAUCUAUAUUUAGCAGCCUCUAUCUGUCUCAGUGAAACAAGAGCUGCUUUCUUCUGCUGGCACUAUGUGGUCUGUGCAGAUUUUUUUACCAGCUGGUGAGAGGAAAAGCAGGUAACAGAUUGUUUAGCCAGUUAUUCACUGGUAAUCAUCUCAAAGAUGCCUUGGGAAAAAAGGUGAGAAAAAAAAAAUUCCAUUGUGAGUUAGAGGUAUUCAUGUUGUGAGACUUUAUUCCUGUAGCAAAAAGCCAAAAUGCAUAGCUCUUCAUCUAGUUUACCAAGUCUUGAAGAGAGGAUCUGUAAUGGACACUUUGAAAUUAAAUAAAGGUUUAAA